CUGACUUAACUUUAGUUUUCGUUUGAGUAUUCAGACUGAAAUCAUAAUGCCUGAGCCAGCCAAGCCUGCCCCGAAGAAGGGCUCCAAGAAAGCCGUGGUCAAGUCCACCGCCAAAGGAGGCAAGAAGCGCAGAAAGACCAGGAAGGAGAGCUAUGCCAUCUACGUAUACAAGGUCCUGAAGCAGGUCCAUCCCGAUACCGGUAUUUCUUCCAAAGCCAUGGGCAUCAUGAACUCUUUCGUGAACGACAUCUUCGAGCGCAUUGCUGGUGAGUCUUCCCGCCUUGCUCACUACAACAAGCGUUCCACGAUCACUUCGAGGGAGAUCCAGACUGCAGUGCGUCUGCUUCUGCCCGGCGAGCUCGCCAAGCACGCCGUGUCCGAGGGAACCAAGGCCGUCACCAAGUACACCAGCUCCAAGUAAAACGUUUGUCUGCUGCUAUCUAAUCCAA